AUGGUGAUCACUGUUUUGGCUGGCCUCCACCAUGCGAGCACUGGUGGGGACUUCAAAGCAUCUAAUAUACUGCUUGAUGGGAACUACAAUGCAAAAAUCUCAGAUUUUGGCUUGGCGAAAUUGGGGCCCUCAGGUGGAGAAUCGCAUGUGACAACACGAGUUAUGGGCACAUAUGGUUAUGCUGCUCCAGAAUAUGUUGCAACAGGUCAUUUAUAUGUGAAGAGCGACGUGUACGAUUUCAGUGUUGUGCUGCUGGAAAUGCUGACAGGUUUGCGGGCACUUGAUUCCAAACGCCCCAGUGGGCAGCAUAAUCUAAUUGAUUGGACAAAGCCCUUUCUCUCCAACAAAAGGAAGCUGAAAUCAAUUAUGGAUGUGCGGAUAGAAGGGCAAUAUUCUUCAAAGGCAGCGUUGAUUGCUGCUCAACUCACUAUACAGUGCCUGGAAUCAGAACCUAGAAAACGCCCCCCCAUGAAAGAAGUUGUAGAUAUCUUAGAACGGAUUGAAGCCAUGAAGCAAAAACCAAAAGAAUCCCAAGCCAUCUCUACACACUCUACAGCUCAUCGUCAUCAAAAUGAACUAGUGCAUAUUUAGUAUGUUAAUUUUGUAGGCAAGUAAGUGAAACUGAUAGUCAUCUCUCAACCACUCUCUCUCUGCUAUUCAUUCAGUAGUGAUAUUUAGUAUCUUUUUUUUUUAAAAUUUUAAUUUAAUUUUUUUUUAUAGCUUUUUUACAAAUGAAAGAGACAGAGAAUACAAGACAACGUGAGGAGAUGCAGCGACAGCUUUUUGGACUUCAGAGCAUGUUGGCG